CGGGGCUGCGCGCACGCUGGGGCGCGUGGAGGGGCGCGGAGGGCGAUAUGAGUCUGGUGGGGGGCUUCCCCCACCACCCGGUGGUGCACCAUGAGGGCUAUCCGUUCGCCGCCGCCGCCGCCGCCGCCGCCGCCGCCGCCGCCAGCCGCUGCAGCCACGAGGAGAACCCCUACUUCCAUGGCUGGCUCAUCGGCCACCCCGAGAUGUCGCCCCCCGACUACAGCAUGGCCCUGUCCUACAGCCCCGAGUACGCCAGCGGCGCCGCCGGCCUGGACCACUCCCAUUACGGGGGGGUGCCGCCGGGCGCCGGGCCCCCGGGCCUAGGGGGGCCGCGCCCGGUGAAGCGCCGGGGCACCGCUAACCGCAAGGAGAGGCGCAGGACUCAGAGCAUCAACAGCGCCUUCGCCGAACUGCGCGAGUGUAUCCCCAACGUGCCCGCCGACACCAAACUCUCCAAGAUCAAGACGCUGCGCCUGGCCACCAGCUACAUCGCCUACCUCAUGGACCUGCUGGCCAAGGACGACCAGAAUGGCGAGGCGGAGGCCUUCAAGGCGGAGAUCAAGAAGACAGAUGUGAAAGAGGAGAAGAGGAAGAAGGAGCUGAACGAAAUCUUGAAAAGCACAGUAAGCAGCAACGACAAGAAAACCAAAGGCCGGACGGGCUGGCCGCAGCACGUCUGGGCCCUGGAGCUCAAGCAAUGAGGAGGAGGAGGAGGAGGAGGAGGAGGAGGAGGAGGAGGAGGAGGAGGAGGAGGAGAGCGCGAAGGAGCCGGGGCCCAGGAGCCAGAAGCAGACCCAGGACUCCGGGCAAGCUCUCCAGGCUCCGCUCCGAGGACUUCAUGCAUUUGGAAUCAUCCGGUUUAUUUAUGUGCAAUUUGCCUGCCCUCUCUUUGGCCCCCUUUGAGGCAUCCGCUCCCCACUUCCCCCUCAAAAAAAAGUGGAUAUUUGAAGAAAAGCAUUCCAUAUUUUAAUAUGAAGAGGACACUCCCGCGUGGUAAGGGAUCCCGUCGUCUCCUAGAUUCUCUAUGUGUGAAUGUUCCCUCCUGGCUGUGUAGACACCGGUGUUGCCCCCUCCCCACUUACCCAACCCCUUCCAGAUAAAGACAGCAGACAAUAGUGUGUAUGUGAAGUGUAUCUUUACUACUUGGCCUUUGGAUAUAAAUAUUCCUGGGGAUUAUAAAGUUUUAUUUCAAAGCAGAAAACGGGGCCGCUAACAUUUCUGUUGAGGUCGGUAUCUAGUGCUGUCUUUACAUCUGUGGUCGUUCCCUAUUCGAAGAUGUUUCCAACAGCUACUUGUUUUGUGCACUUCCGUCCUCUAAAACUAAGUGGAAUUUAAUUAAUAUUGAAGGUGUAAACGUUGUAAGUAUUCAAUAAACCACUGUGUGUUUUUUUUUUACAAAAACCCCAAUCUUUUAAUGGUUGAUACCUCAAAAGAGUUUUGAAAACAAAACUGUUAUACUUGUUUUCAUAAUAUUUAAAAUAUUCAGAAGUAAACUAAAUUAUCGUGAUUGCCUCUAA